AUGCCUCCUGUUACCUAUUGGAUGUUGAAUGAGCGGCGCGAAAAGGAUUGCGUUUCCAUUACUACGGAACGCAAAUUCUUCCGCGUUGGCAAUAUUUGGAUCAAACGCAACCUCCGCCCGGCCGAAUGGCAAAUUCAUCCCAUCCGUGGUAAUAUUAUUGUGCCUCUCUUUGCAAAAGAACGACUACUAAACGAGGCUGCCACUCUACGAUACAUCGCUGAAAAUAUAAAUAUACCCAUACCGAAGCUGAUUGGCUGUUUCGAGGAUGACGGCGCCGUUUAUUUUAUCACAGAGUACGUCGAAGGGAAAGUGGAAGAAGAGGUGAAGCUUUACCUGCAAACCUUUAAGGAAUUAUGUUCGGCUGAAUGGGGCGGCCUUUCGGGGAUUGUAAUACCGCCUUAUCGUGUUAUUACCGACACAUUCCGCCCUCGAUGGAAUAUGCAGAGGCGGGAUUCGAUGGAUCUUGUGUUUUGUUAUAAUGAUUUGUCCAUACACAAUAUCCUUGUUGACAAGGAUACAUUUAAAAUCAACGCGAUUUUGGACUGGGAAUACGCCGGGUUUUUCCCGCCCCAGUUCGAGGCAGAAUACUUCCGACGUCCAGGCCCAUCGGUUGCACUGGAGGGCGAAGAUGACGAUGUGAAAGAACUGGUGGGUAUCUUGAAAAAAUGUGAAGCAAAGUGAAGCAAAGAUUCUUCUGCUGGCGGUGUAGG